AUGGACGAAAUCAAACGAGAAAUAAUAGCCAAUCUUUCUCAAGUAUUAAAUAAAAUAAAUGAUGGUUCAAUUGAAGAUGACGUAUUAGACAAAAUAGAAAUACAUGUUGAUCAUCUACUUGAAAGAAUAGCUUAUCAUGAGAGUCAAGAAAUAUUAUCAUCGUCAUCAUCACCACAAAUGGUUCUAUACCAACAGCAACAAAUAAAUAAUACAUUAUCUAAUACUGCUCAUCAAGAAACUAAUUCAUUAGAUUUUAAGAUCGAAGAGUUAGGAAUAGAAACAUUUUCAUAG